GUAAAAUGUCGGGAUCAUCAACGAGAUCUACCAGAUGAGUACUGCCGGGACUUGGAGAAAGUGGAAGACACGCGUAUGUGUAACAUCAAAGUCUGUGCUUUCUGGCAAAGUGGCCCAUGGAUGCCGUGCCCAGCCACAUGUGGAGCUCAUGUGCAGCAAUCGAGGAGUGUGAUGUGUGUGGCAAGAGAAAACGGUGACAUUACAUCUGAGACCGACUGUGACGUCGCUGAACGGCCACCGUCGAUGCGAUCGUGCAAACUGGACACUGUUCAGUCACGUGUGGUGGUGGAAUACAAAGACGUCGUGUAUGGUGCGAAGAUGCGGUGA